AUGGUUUCAUUGUACGAUGUAGGGACUACCUGUUGGUAUCCAGAUGAAAAAUUGGGGUGGAUAGGUGCCAAGGUUGUGUCUAAUAAAUCUGAAGGAAACAAACACGUUAUCAAAUUGGUUUCUGAACAAGACGAAUCACAAGAGUUCACCGUGGAGACAGACAAUCUAUCCGAGGACAAUGAAAAGCUUCCUCCAUUGCGAAAUCCGCCUAUUUUAGAAGCAGCAGAAGAUUUAACUAGUUUGUCAUAUUUAAAUGAACCGGCUGUUUUACAAGCGAUUAAAUUACGUUAUUCACUGUUGGAUAUUUACACCUACUCAGGUAUCGUUUUAAUUGCUACAAAUCCAUUCCAAAAAGUGGAACAGUUGUACUCACAAGAUAUCAUCCAGGCGUACGCUGGUAAGCGAAGAGGAGAAUUGGACCCUCAUCUUUUCGCCAUUGCCGAAGAUGCUUAUAGAUGUAUGAAACUAGAUGGCCAAAAUCAAACUAUUGUUGUCAGUGGUGAGUCGGGUGCAGGUAAGACUGUAUCAGCCAAAUAUAUAAUGAGAUACUUUGCCUCGGUAGAGGAGGACACAGACCAGGCUUUGGGCAGUGAUCAUAAAGCAGACAUGUCUGAUGUUGAAAAGCAAAUCUUAGCAACAAAUCCUAUUAUGGAAGCUUUUGGUAAUGCAAAAACCACCAGGAAUGACAACUCAUCCCGUUUUGGUAAAUACUUGGAGAUCUUGUUUGACAAAUCAACGUCCAUUAUUGGUGCUAGGAUAAGAACCUAUCUUUUAGAACGAUCUAGAUUAGUGUUCCAGCCAUCAACUGAGAGAAACUACCACAUAUUUUACCAACUCUUGGCGGGAUUGGAUCCUGAACACAAGAAGGAGUUGGGAUUGUUAACCGCUGACGAUUACAAAUAUACCAAUCAAGGAGGUUUAUCCAAAAUUGAAGGUGUGGACGAUGCGGAAGAGUUUCAAACGACAAGAGAUGCGCUUGCCUUAAUUGGAGUUAACGAUACCAAGCAGAUGGAAAUUUACAAAAUUUUGGCUGCGCUUUUGCACAUUGGUAAUAUUGAUAUUGCAGCAACUAGAAAUGAUGCUCAUUUGUCUAGUGACGAACCUAACUUGGCUAAAGCGUGUGAAUUGUUGGGCAUCGACGCCGUAAAUUUUGCUAAAUGGUGUGUCAAGAAACAGAUAACCACUAGAUCGGAAAAGAUUGUUACCAACUUGAAUCAUAAACAAGCUUUAGUUGCCAAGGAUUCUUUUGCCAAGUAUAUCUACUCAGCUUUGUUUGACUGGUUGGUCAACUAUAUCAACGCCGAUUUGUGUCCAGAAGAAGUUGCCUCCAGAGUCAAUUCGUUCAUUGGUGUCUUGGAUAUCUACGGAUUUGAGCAUUUUGAAAAGAACUCAUUUGAGCAGUUUUGUAUCAACUAUGCUAACGAAAAAUUGCAACAAGAAUUCAAUCAGCAUGUGUUCAAAUUGGAGCAAGAAGAGUAUAUCAAGGAACAAAUUGAGUGGUCGUUUAUUGACUUUGUUGAUAACCAGCCAUGUAUCGAUGUUAUUGAAAACAGAAUGGGUAUUCUUUCGUUGUUGGAUGAAGAGUCAAGAUUACCAGCUGGUAACGAUCAAUCAUGGAUUGAGAAAAUGUACCAAAACUUGGACAAAGAACCAACUAAUAAGUUUUUCAAGAAACCAAGAUUUGGCCAAACCAAGUUUAUCGUUAGCCACUAUGCCUUGGACGUUACCUAUGAUAUUGAUGGUUUUAUUGAGAAAAACAGAGACACUGUUGGUGAGGGACAUUUGGAUGUGAUGAAAAAUACAACCAAUGAGUUGCUCCAAGAUGUACUUAGCAUUGUUGAUAAGAAUGCCGCUGAAUUGGAAGCUAGUAAAGCACCAGCAAAGGGCAAAAUCGCGAACAAAAAACCAACCUUGGGUUCCAUGUUCAAGAACUCGUUGAUUGAAUUGAUGAAGACGAUCAACUCUACGAACGUACAUUACAUCAGGUGUAUUAAACCAAACGAAGAGAAGAAAGCAUGGGAGUUUGACUCGUUGAUGGUGCUUUCUCAGUUGAGAGCGUGUGGUGUUUUGGAAACUAUUAGAAUUUCGUGUGCAGGAUUCCCUUCUAGGUGGACCUAUGUUGAGUUUGCUGAUCGAUACCACACAUUGGUUCAUUCUGAUGAUUGGAUUAAAGUCAUGAGAGUGGAAACUACCCAGGAGUCAGUGACUGAGCUCUGUAACCAGAUUUUGACCACCAAUGUUGAAGACAAGGGAAAGUACCAAUUGGGUAACACCAAGAUAUUCUUUAAGGCGGGUAUGUUGGCACAUUUUGAAAAGUUGAGAUCGGACAAGAUGUACAAGUCAGCUGUGAUGAUACAAAAGAAUAUGAGGAAACGGUUCUUCAGGCAAAAAUACCUCGAUGUUAGACAGUCUCACAUACAGUUGCAAAGUUUGAUUCGUGGAUACGAAAAGAGAAGAAAGAUCAAGGAAGAAAGAGAACAAGCUGCUGCCACUUUGUUACAAACUUCAAUUAGAGGCCAUUUAGCAAGAAAGCAAUACCAAAAUACUCUCAACUCCGUUGUCACAUUGCAGAAGUCUAUUCGUGGUUUGCAGGCCAGACAAAACUACAAGGCUUUGCGUUUGGAAAAGUCAGCCUCAACGAUUCAAAAAUCUUGGAAGGGAUAUAGGGAGAGGAAAAAUUUUGCAAGUACCAAAAAGUCGGCAAUUGUUAUACAAUCGGCUUUCAGAAGGCAAUACGCUUACCGUGAGUUGAAAACACUUAAAGUGGAAGCCAAAUCAGUCAACAAGUUACAAGAAGUGUCAUACCAAUUGGAGAAUAAGGUUGUUGAUUUAACCCAAUCUUUGACGGCAAAGAUUCAGGACAACAAGUCGCUCAUGGAAGAGAUCUCAAACUUGAAAGACUUGUUGAAACAACAGGGCCAAGCUCAUGAGACCUUGAAAUCGAGAGAGAUUGAGUUCAAUAACAAAUUGGAUACAACAAGUGCUGAGCAUCAACAAGAAGUUGAAAACUUGAAUAGUGAACUAGCGACACUCAGAUCUGAGUAUGUGUCAGCUGAAGCCAAGAUUGCAGAAUUGUCGAAAGAGCAAUCUGCGUUGAAACAAGAAGUGCAACGUACUCUCGAAGAGUUGAACAAUGCCAGAAAUGACUUGGUCAAACGUGAUACUAUUGAGGUUGACUUGAAGGCUCAUAUUGAACAAUUGAAGUCGGAAUUAGCGCAACUUAACAAUCCCAAAGUUAGAAGUGCCAAUAACAAGCGCCAUAGUAGUGCUGUGGCGUGGAACUCUCCUAGUUCUAUUGAUAAUCCUAGACCGGUAUCAGUCAUUGCUGUUUCCAAUGACGGUGACGCUAAUAUUGAUGAUAUUAAUGAUGAAUUAUUUAAAUUAUUGAGAAAUUCGCGUCAAUUGCAUCGUGAAAUCGUGGAAGGGUUGCUUAAGGGAUCAAAGAUUCCUACUUCCAACGUUGCUGCCGAUUUGACGAGAAAGGAAGUCUUGUUCCCAUCGAGAAUAAUCAUCAUCAUCUUGUCAGAUAUGUGGAGAUUGGGCUUGACUAAAGAAAGUGAAGAAUUCCUCGGUGAAGUUUUGUCAACUAUUCAGAGUCUUGUUUCAACAUUGAAAGACGAAGAUGUCAUCUCACAUGGUGCAUUCUGGUUGUCCAAUACCCAUGAAUUGUAUUCUUUUGUUUCGUAUGCUGAGCUGACCAUUAUCUCGAAUGACAAAUUAUCCAACGAAAUGAGCGAGGAUGAAUUCAAUGAAUACUUGAAAUUAGUUGGUGUCGUCAAGGAAGACUUUGAGUCAUUGUCGUAUAACAUUUACAACAUGUGGAUGAAGAAGAUGCAAAAGGAUUUGGAAAAGAAGGCUGUUUCGGCCGUCGUCAUCUCGCAGUCUUUGCCGGGAUUCAUGGCGCCAGAAAGCUCUCCAUUUUUGAGUAAGGUGUUUUCUAGUGGUUCCAGCAGCUACAAAAUGGAUGACAUUUUGUUGACAUUUAACUCGUUAUACUGGUCAAUGAAGAAUUACUACAUUGAGAAUGAAGUUAUUGUUAAGGUCAUCACCGAAAUGUUGAGAUUUAUUGAUGCAUUAUGUUUUAAUGAUUUAAUCAUGAGACGUAACUUUUUAUCAUGGAAACGAGGCUUGCAAUUGAACUACAAUGUCACGCGACUUGAAGAAUGGUGUAAUUCACACGGUAUUGAAGAAGGUUCCACUUGUUUAAUUCACGUUUUGCAAGCAGCCAAGUUGUUGCAAUUGAGGAAAAACACCAGUGAAGAUAUUGACAUCAUUUACGAAAUUUGUUUUGCGUUGAAUCCGGCCCAGAUCCACAAGAUUGUCGGUGCUUAUAGCUCUGCCGAGUAUGAGACGCCAAUCGCACCGGCGGUCAUGUCGUUGGUGGCAGCAAAGACAAAAGAGAGUUCAAGAGAUGAAAUAUUCUUGACGGUGUCUGCUGAUGGACAUUUCGAAGAUCCAUUUAGAGAUAUUGAAUUGAGACCUUUUGCUCGUGUUGAAGCUUAUGUGCCUGCUUGGUUGAACUUGCCCGUGAUUCGUCGAAUUGUUGAAUUGGUUGCUAAAAAUGCUUCAGUGCAAGACUCCUACCAGAAUAAAGAGGAGAAUGGAGUAUAG